AUGACAAGAUCUGCGACUUGCAUUCGCACCAGUUUGCUCCAAGCGAUACCCGACGACUUCGGAACUCCGAGGAUGCUCGCUGGACAGGUAGAUCAGCACAGAAUGAAGAAGGAGCCAAGCCAACAUCGACAACGUAGCAUCACAUCAAUUGCUGAGAACAAUCAAUUCCAAGACCUGACGUUACAACGAUCGACCAUCGCUGCUCGCCUCUUCUCGCUCAGUGCUGCCCGAAGAGGAUUGGAGCGAUGA